AUGACCGUCUGCUUCAAAUGCAAGUCAGCGUCAGCGGUGGUAUGUAGCCGUGACGGGCCCACUAAAAGUUACUGUUCUUCAUGCUUCACAGAUUUUUGCACCCGCCUCACGCGGGACUCGCUUUUCCGCAAUUGCGGACUACCGUGCGAUGAGCCGGUGGUAGUUGCCGUAUCGGGAGGUUUUAGUUCCAUGAUGCUAUUGCACCAACUCGGGAUACUGCGGACGCAAAAUCGCAUAAGACAAGGUGAAGGGCGUGUGACAUUUGAACUCAUUCCGCUGCACUUACGUGAAGAAGAACUUAUGGCGCCAACCCAGCAGGGCCCCGUUAAUGCGUUUGCGGAUGAAGGUGAUGAUGCCCGUCAGGAAAACGGGAGGUAUUGUCAUACAUUUUCUGAGGUGAAGGAACAGUUUGAAGAACUGGAGUGCCUGGUGCGCACGCAAUGCGAACAGUGGGAAUUUGCAAGCACCCCGCUAUUCACAGCGGAUGAAGUACAGAUCGUGCAGUACAGUGAUUAUUUAUCGCCUGAUGAACUACGUGGACUCCGGGAGGUGUUGCACCACCCGCGUAUUCCGCUUUCGCACCGUGAACUUCUCUACAGGCGAUUGCGUGGACGCAUUCUGACCGUUGCAGCGGUUGAAAGUAUUAACAAAUGGAGGGACAUCCGUCAAGUUUCGGGUCAGUGGUAUCACAUGUUGACGGGCGAGAACGCUCUCCGUUGUUGUGUGGCAACGCUACGAGAGGUAAUGAGCAAUAGCAACAGCAAUCGCAUUGUCCAUUUUGGUGGACAUCGUGGUUUUCUGGGACAGUGCAUGGUGAUGCGGCCGUUACGAAGCCUUAUUCCUCGCGAAGCUGUCAUAUACUGCCGCCUGCACGGCAUCCAAGCAGGGUUUACACCUUCACUCAGUACCUUGACGGCUCUGCGCUCCUUCGAUCGUACCCUCGAAGUUUUUAUUAAUAUCAUGCUGGGUUCCUACCGCACAUCCAUUUUCAAUGUACUGAACACGGUGACGAGACUAGACGUGGGUGCCGAUGCUGAAAUACUGAAUGUUGAUUUGCGCACUGAACAAAGUGGGGGACCGUGUGGGGAAAAUACAAAACAGGCAAAGCGUGUUAUUGCCGGAAAAGCAGCACAACACCACCGCGAGCAGUUAAAGAUGAGGCGACCCAUUUGUUGCCUAUGGGAAGGCGCCGACAUCAAAGGAGAGGAGGAGGCAGAGGAAAAUGGCGAAGAAGGGAAAUUGAGUAACCAGUCGCGGCGAUUAUGUCUUGUUUGUGGAUGUUUCAUCAUUUGUGCGGAUGAACACCCGGUAACGUUGCGAUUUGGUCGGCGAUUUGUGUGUGAAAGCUGUCUCCAAUUAAUGAAUGAUUUCGCCAACACACGCCGCGCCGAAGCGGGAACUGAGAGUGAGCGAAUAUUAACGGAUCCUGCCGUUCACUCCGCUGUUACCACCGGUCCCGGAACUAUGCUUAGUGCUUUCGAGUCACUUACCACCACAAUGCAAAUGUUGGUUGCAGUAACAGGUAAUUCGCCUUCUCUCGCUGGGAAUGACGGUACUGGUGAGGAUCGAUGCGUGCGACGGCGCCUCAGUGCUCACGGCGCAGAAGAGUACAUCUUACAGACAGAUGAUGGUGAGAAAGACAGUUAA